ACUUGAACUUGAAUUUUAUCCCAUUGUACGGAGUGAACCCCAGACACAGAGAGACAGCGAGCGCCCGGAGAGGCAGGACUCCGCCAUCUUCACAGUGAAAGAAAAAAAGAAAAAAGGAAAAGGCAGCAGGUCUAGUUGUGUGUGGAAAGGGGGUGGCAGACAGUCACAAGGAAGCAAGUGUGUGGAGAGUUAGUGACCAGGACGCACGGGGCACACCGAGCGCCCGCUCCGCUAACCUGAAGGGCACUUUGGAUUCUUCCCCAUUUUUAUUAAGUGUCUGAAUAUUUCUUUUUUUUUUUUUUUUAAAGAAACAAACAGUUCCAGUCAUUGAGCGCAGCCGCAGACUUGCAGGACUGGGACCGCGCGCCACACGGCUGUCAGAUCGCUGCGCAGGGCGGCGCGCGCCACCGCGCACAAAGGUAGCGACACAUCUGUACAGGUCUGUCCGCGCCUGUCACUUCGCGCGCGUGCAGCAGUCCGGGAUAUCGUCUCCAGCUCCCCGCGCAUUCCACGCGCCGCUCACGUUUUUCUCCUUGUGCUACAUGGUUUGAGUCAGAGAAGAGCGGAGGUCCGGGUCCUCGGAGCGCCACCGUGCACAGGGACCCCCCGCUCUACGUCGCCUGAACGAGGAACCGCCGCAGCGCCUACACCUCCACAUCCGAGCGCCGGGGGCGGCAGGAGCCAGGGACUGUGGUCCAGGAGGUCCCGGGAAAAAAAAAAAAAAAGUUAUUGAAAGAAGGAAAAAAGGAAAGAAGAAUCAACAAAAAGAAGCGACCCUCCCGAGUGCAGGUCUCCGGGCAAUGCCAGUGUAGAUGCAGGGCAAUGUCCCGCCGCAAGCAGGGGAACCCGCAGCAUCUGUCGCAAAGAGAGACCAUAGCGCCAGCAGAGGCUGACCAUGUGGACUCCGGGCCUAUGGCCAAGGCCCCCUCGCUGGACGAGGCCGCCCUCGGCUUUCCUUGCCCGCUGCCGGGUGGGGCCGGCGACCAUGACCUUCUCACUUGCGGGCAGUGCCAGAUGAACUUCCCCCUGGGGGACAUCCUGGUUUUCAUCGAGCACAAGAAGAAGCAGUGCCAGACCCUGGGGGCCGGCCUCGGCUGCUACGACAAGAUGGUGGAGCGCAGCAGUCCAUCGCCACCGCGGCCCGAGGGGAGGAAAGUGGUGGAACCGGUUGAAAUCGGGAUCCAGGUGACACCUGAGGACGAGGACGACAGACGGUUGACACCCACCAAAGGAAUUUGCCCCAAGCAGGAGAGCGUCUCAGCAGGUAGGGACGAACCCUCCAGCUACACCUGCACCACCUGUAAGCAGCCCUUCCCCAGCGCCUGGUUCCUGCUGCAGCACGCCCAGAACACGCACGGCAUCCGUAUCUACCUGGAGACGGGCCCCUCCAGCAGCUCCCUGACCCCCCGGAUCACCAUCCCCCCGCCCAUGGGGGCCGAGUCCAUCCCACAGUCUCCGCUCACAAACUUCUUCGGGGAGAACAACCCUUUCCACCUCCUACGCAUGAGCGCACCGCUCCUCAGAGAACCGCCGGGGUUCGUGGAGAACCGCUUGCCCAGCACCCCGCCGUUUGUCAGCCCCCCUCCCCGCCACCAGCUGGACCCCCACCGCCUGGAGCGCCUUAGUGCCGAGGAAAUGGGUUUGAUCUCCCAGCACCCCAGUGCCUUUGAGAGAGUGAUGCGGCUGACGCCCAUGGCCAUUGAGUCCCAGUCCAUGGACUUCUCCCGGCGGCUCAGAGAGCUGGCCGGGAACAGCAGUUCCACUCCUCCUCUCUCGCCGAGUCGUGCCAACCCUAUGCACCGUCUGCUAAAUCCCAACCCCUUUCAGCCCAGCCCCAAGUCUCCCUUUCUAAGCACCCCUCCCCUGCCGCCCAUGCCCCCCAGCAGUAGCACACCGCCACAACCCCAGGGCAAGACCAAGUCCUGCGAAUUCUGCGGAAAGACCUUCAAGUUCCAGAGCAAUCUGGUGGUGCACCGGCGCAGUCAUACAGGAGAGAAGCCCUAUAAAUGCCAGCUGUGUGACCACGCCUGCUCUCAGGCCAGCAAGCUGAAGCGCCACAUGAAGACACACAUGCACAAGGCCGGCUCCAUCACCGGCCGCUCCGACGACGGUCUGUCUGCCACCAGCUCUCCAGAGCCAGGCACCAGUGAUGUCACAGGUGAGGGCAUGAAGAACAGAGAUGGGGAUUUCCAGGGAGAAGGUGUGGGUGUGGACAAUGAGGAGGAGGAGGAGGAAGAUGAAGAGGAAGAGCUGGAAAAUGAAAGCGAGUCGAACUUCAGCAUGGACUCGGAGUUUAGCCGCAAUCGGGAGAACGGCUCCAAGCCUCCGGUGGAUGAGAAGUCCCUCUCCCUCGACAAGAUGGUGGAGAGCGCAGCCCUGAGCACUCUGCAGCAGUACAAUAACUUGAUAGUUGACAAUCGGAAAGCACUACCCUUCUCCAAAGGGGACCUGGAAGGGCAGCAAGACACGGGGGAUGUGCAGGGGGAGAUGGAGUCGGUGGAGAGGACCGCGGUGAACGGUAGGAACUGUGGUUCGCGGGACUCUUUCUCGGGCUUGUUUCCUCGCAAGCCCACCCCCAUCACGAGCCCGAGUCUCUCCAACUCCUCAGCCAAGAGGAUCAAGGUUGAGAAGGACUUGGACAUGCCCCAGACCCCGCUCAUCCCGUCGGAGAACGUCUACUCUCAGUGGCUGGUGGGCUACGCUGCCUCGCGGCACUUCAUCAAAGAUCCCUUCCUGGGCUUCACCGAUUCCAGACAAUCGCCCUUUGCCACUUCCUCGGAGCACUCUUCGGAGAAUGGCAGCCUGCGCUUCUCCACGCCGCCGGGGGACAUGCUGGACGGAGGCCUGUCGGGCCGCAGCGGCACGGCCAGCGGGGGCAGCACGCCCCACCUGGGCCCGGGCCGGCCCAGCUCCAAGGACGGCCGCCGCAGCGACACGUGUGAGUUCUGUGGGAAGGUGUUCAAGAACUGCAGCAACCUGACGGUGCAUCGGCGCAGCCACACGGGCGAGCGGCCCUACAAAUGCGAGCUGUGCAACUACGCCUGUGCCCAGAGCAGCAAGCUCACCCGCCACAUGAAGACGCACGGCCAGCUCGGACUUCCUGUGAUGUGUAGUUGAACAUUCUAAGAAGUAGCAACUUUUUCACAUAAAGAAAGCACAGCAGAAUUUUUUUUUUUUUUUCUUUUUUUUUUUUUUUUUUAAAUUUGGUCUUAAGCACCCACCAUCUUUCCCUGAAUCACAACUGUGAGCAGGUCCAGCCAAGCCAACCAAUAAAAAUGUGGAAAAAAUAUACGGGGGGGGAAAAAAAAAAAAAAAAAAAAAAAAGGGAAAUCAAACAAUUUCACUCAGAUUACCCGCACUUUAUGAUUUAUUUUCACUAAAUAAUUUUUAAAAACCAUGAGAAAGAAAGAAAAAAAAAACGGCUUCUGAGCAAGAAAUUACGUUUGGUGGACCUACUUGGCCCGGCAGAAGGGCUGUAGGGAACUGUAACACCUGAGAGUACAGUGCCCCGCGUACACGGAGCGGGCACUAUAAACACCCCAUUCAUUGACUGGAACAGUUUGUGUACUGCCAUUCAGUUUGACGUGAGUGUGCCUUCAACACUGAUCUUCCGAUUUAUUGUCUCCUGAGACAAUGCAACACUUCUGUGAUGCAACAGAACAAAAAGGAAAAAAAAGUACCAGUUAAUCUCCAUAGCUCUAACGUGCGUAUAAAAUUCCAGCACAAUAUAAAAAUUUAUAUUUAAAUAAAAAGCAACAGAGAGAUGCAUGCAGCACAACACCUGUGUGUCUGUGUGUGUAGAUACUGUAUGUGUGCAUAUGUACAUAUAAAGGCACAAACAUCUAUACUGUAUCGAAUUCUUCACUUCAGGACAAGACUGCGUCCCUCGAUAGGAAAAGCGGCGGAGUGGAUUAUUAGACCACAAAUAGUCCAUGAAGAGAACUGGACAAAAAUCAGGAACAGCAGAAACUUAAAAGAAUUUAGUGCACUCUGUCUUAAAAUACGUUUACAGUAUUGAAACAAGUACAAGGAUAAAAUAAUAUUUGUGUGUAUGUGUGUUUUAAACAAGUAUUUUUUUUCCAAGUUUGCUUAUAAAGUUUCUCUGAAUGCCAUAGUGGCUAUGUGUAUAUUGGUUUUUUUUUGGU